UAUUUCGGACCUGGUGCAAAAAUUACCCAGUAAAUAUAAAAUAGAUCUACUGAACAAAAGUUAAAGCACAUCGUUUAUCAACUGUAUAAAUAGAGAAGACACAGACCGGAACUAUUGAUGCGAGGAAAUAGAAAGCAAAUUGGGGAAUAUACGUCGUAACCAAAAUUCCCAUCAACAAAAGAAUUUUGUGAUGGAGACCAGACAUCAGAGGAAACGCAGGUGGCAGAGUUCUCCUGGCAAAAAAGCAAGAAUGGAACUUGACUUUGGGCAGAAUACACCAUCACCUAAAAGAAUUAAACUUGGAACUCCAGCAGUACCUCCAGCCCAUCAUGGUGCUGAGAUAGAUGCUGACUCAUUCACAAUCAAGUCAUUCUAUGGAAAGCGGGAAAAGAUAAGUUUUCCUCAUUCCCCAGGUAGAAGAAAAGCAGUGGAUAAAGUUCUGGAAAAGAUAUCUGAUGAAAAUACAGACUCGGAGAAUGACAGACCUGCAAGAAAGAAAAAUGUUGUAAAGAAACAUGAUGGUAAGAAUGAAAGUGACAUGUCCAGGUUUGAUUUUCACUCGUCCGACUCUGGUGAUACUGAAAAUGAAGGCCAGACAAGGCCGGUUUUAAGGCAAAAGAAUGCUGAGCAUGGGAGCAAUAAGAAAGUACCACUUGACAUUGUAAAAGUCAAGAAAACACCAAAGAAUAAUUCUGGUAAGAAACUGAAAGUGCCUGCUAAAUCAACUGGAAAGAUACCGAAUAAAGUCGACAAAGAUCUAGAACAGGAAAGGACUCCCAUGAUAACAGGAAAGAAAUUUUUCAAAUCUCGAUCACCAGCUUCGGCAGAUAAAUGUUUUGGCAAUUUGGUGAUUAAGAAAGGUUUUGAUUUGAAGUUUUAUCCAAAGAGAUUAAAUUUGUCUGGAUCGAAGUCAGAAAAGCCAAAAAGUGCUAGUAAGAGUAAAAAGACAAAGCCCAGGCCAGUAGAUAAAGUGAAUGCUUACAAAGCUAAGGGUUUUGACAAAGAUUCUGUGUUCUUUGUUGAUGAUAGUGUUAAACCAGAUGGAACUGAACUUAGUGAUUCUCAGAUGGAAACUUUGAAUGAAUCUAGGAAAACAGUUACAUAUACUGAGGAGGAGCAGGUAAAUGAAAAACUUGACUCUGGAAUUGAAACAGCUAAUUCCAAUGAUUUGUUCAGCAGCUCACCAGAUUUGAUUGGCGGAGAUGAAAAUCACAUUGAAAAAGAGUCUGAGAAAAACUUAAUGAAUGAAGGAGAGAAAAAUUCUGAAAUUUCCAGCGAUACAGUGAGUUUGAUAGGUGCUGGGUCAGAAGACUUGUUCUCUAGUAGUGGUAGAUGCACCCCUGUUAAUGAACUGAGUGGAGAAUGUACUCCUUUAGAACAGACACCUGUUCAGAGUAAACAGGGGUCACCGUCUGGAUCAAGUGAGAUAGGUUCUGCAGAGUCAGGGACAGGUGGUUCCAGUUCAGUAAAGCUUUUCCCAAUAUUUUUGAAGAAAUCACCUUCAGCUUCUAGUCAGUUGGGCAAGCUAAGAGGAAAGAGAUCACCACGGGGAACAAGAUCUCCUGGGGGAUCGAGCAACAAUUCACCGUUACUGAGAUAUGUGAAGAGCAAAGACAAUCUGGAACAAAUGAUCAUUGAUGCUGGUCAGAAGAAGUUUGGAGCGACGCAGUGUGAGGUGUGUGGAAUGGUGUACACAAUGUCUGAGCCUGCUGAUGAAGCCAUGCAUGUCAAGUUCCAUCAAAGUUUACUCAAUGUCCUCAAAUUUCCUGGUUGGAAGAAAGAGCAUGUUGUCCAGGAGUAUAUGGAUACAGGCAGCCGAGUUAUCAUGGUCACUGCAGAAAGUCCAAAAUAUGCAACCAGGAAGGUUGAAGAGAUAAACAAAGUUAUGGGAGAGGAACUUGGCUUUGCGGAGCCAACCUUGAGUUUUAGAGCAUCUUACAAGGCGUUCUUGUAUGUAUCAGAAGACAAGAAAAUUGAAGGGUGUUGUGUGGUAGAGCCGAUCAAUGAGGGAUACAGAGUGUUACCUGAUACACAGAGCAGCCAGUCUGCUGAGAACCACCCUGGACAUCGGCCAUGGUGUUCUAGUGACCAAGCAGAACCUGCGGUGGUUGGUGUUAGUCGUAUCUGGGUGUAUGGUCAGGCCAGGAGAAAGGGCAUAGCAUCAAAACUUCUGGACUGUGUGAGGCAGUGGUCUAUAUAUGGAACUGUUAUACCAAAAAAUAAAAUGGCUUUCUCAGACCCUACACCAGAUGGAAAGCAACUAGCUACACGAUAUAUUGGUACUCCAACUUUCCUUGUGUAUAAAUACCAGUGACAACCAGACAGUUUCAAGAAAGAGUAGACUUGCUGAUGCUUGCCAAAGAUGCAUGAGAAAUCUAGUGGGUUCUAAGUACCAGUGAUAAAUUGUUUUCCAAUGUUCCACAAUUUUGUUGUGUACUAAAAGAAUAAAAAAGAAAAGAAAAACAGGCAUAUAUAAGGUCAGAUUAAGACGUACAGUUAAAAUAAUUCAAAAGACAAAAGUCUACUUCAUUGUCACUAAGUGUUAUUUUACCUAUUGCCUUAUUUUACCUUGAAUUAUCAUUUUUAGCACCACUAUUUGCAAUUUUUCAAAUAGUAAAGCUUUUGUUAUUACUGUUGUAUCUGUGUCUGUGUAACAAAAGUUUUGCAUGUAAGCAGGUUUUUCUAAAACUAAAAGCUGUGUGAGUAGGUAGGGAAAUUAUUUUUUAUACAAUUUUUGAGUCGGCUAAACGC